UGAGUGACCUGCAGGAAGAAGGCAAAAGUGCCAUCAACUCUCCGAUGCACCCAGCCUCGGUGGACAUUCACCCUGAAGACACGCAGCUAGAGGAGAAUGAGGAGCGCACGAUGAUCGACCCCACCUCCAGGGAGGACCCCAAGUUCAAGGAGCUGGUCAAGGUCCUGCUGGACUGGGUCAACGACGUGCUGGUGGAGGACAGGAUCAUCGUGAAGCAGCUGGAGGAGGACCUCUACGACGGCCAGGUGCUGCAGAAGCUGCUGGAGAAGCUGGCGGACCGCAAGCUGAACGUGGCUGAGGUGACCCAGUCCGAGAUCGGGCAGAAGCAGAAGCUGCAGACGGUUCUGGACGCCGUGUUGGACCUGCUGCGGCCGCACGGCUGGGCGCUGCGGUGGAGCGUGGACUCGAUCCACGGGAAGAACCUGGUGGCCAUCCUGCACCUCCUCAUCGCCCUGGCCACCCACUUCCGGGCCCCCAUCCGCCUCCCCGAGCACGUGUCCGUGCAGGUGGUGGUCGUCCGGAAGCGGGAAGGCCUGCUGCACUCCAGCCACGUGUCGGAGGAGCUGACCUCGACCACAGAGUGGCUUGGGGCCAUGGCGGCCCUGGACCUGAGGUCUGUGGCCCAGGCUGAGGGAGACCUGCAGGACUGGGUCCCUCCCACAGAGGGCGACUCAGAUUGUCUCAUUGGGGACAACCUGACUUUGAUGGCGCUGGAUCUGCAGUUCACAGGAAGACACGGGACGUGGAGAGGGAGAGUUGGGGACGGCUCGAGUGACAGGAGUGGCCGGGCAGCUGUCCCAGUGCCAUCCUGUGGCCCGUGGAGAGCUUCCCGCCCUGUUGAACAGCACCUUGGAGGCCUCCUGUGCGCGCGCGCCUGGUGCCGGGGCUCCCGGCCUCCUCGGGGGCGCCCCCUUCAGUUCUGGCAGGAAUUAGACUCUGGGGGGACCGGCCAUCAGGGCACGAGUGGCCUCCAUCAGCCCCUCUGCCGUCCCCUCCUGGCCUGUCUUGCAGAGCGAGACGCCUUCGACACGCUCUUCGAUCACGCACCGGACAAGCUCAACUUGGUGAAGAAGUCGCUCAUCACUUUUGUGAACAAGCAGCUGAACAAGCUGAACCUGGAGGUGACAGAGCUGGAGACCCAGUUUGCAGAUGGCGUUUACCUGGUCCUGCUCAUGGGUCUUCUCGAGGACUACUUUGUCCCCCUCCACAACUUCUACCUGACCCCGGAGAGCUUCGACCAGAAGGUCCACAACGUGUCGUUCGCCUUUGAGCUGAUGCUGGACGGCGGACUGAGGAGGCCCAAGGCUCGCCCUGAAGAUGUGGUGAACCUUGACCUCAAGUCCACCCUGCGGGUGCUGUACAACCUAUUCACCAAGUACAAGAACGUGGAGUGACCAGGACCCCAGACGGCGCGGGCCAGUCCGGGGCAAGAGAAGCAGGGCCCGUGCCCCAGGCCCUUCUCAGGGAGACGCCCUGCUCCGCCCCGGCUGUGUGGCCCCUCCCAUCCCUGCCUGCUUUGGUGGCCAUUCACCUGCUUUCCUUGCAACCCUGCAGUGGUCAAGACCUCGGAAAAUGCAGCCUCUAGACACGGGGCUGGGCUCCGGUCUCCCUCCCUCCCUCGGGGCAGGCUGAGGAGGUUGACUGUGUUGUCAAAAGAGGACACGGAGAAGCUCGGGCCCAACCUCCGCUGGCCGUGCUGCCUCUCCCACUGGUGACCUGGUCUCUCCGUCCACCCUGGCUGUGCGGGGCUGCCCUUGGACGAGGGCCCUUUUGACAAAAGGAUUUUGCAAUUAAAAAACUCAACUCUCACGUCCCCGGAA